AUAAAGGAGCUCGGGGCAGCCGCCCACUCUCUUCAGUGCCUGCAGCUGGGAUGAAUCCUGCAGGGGCAGAUAGCAGCCAUGGUGGGGAGAACAGCCCCUGUCCUCAGCAGCCACACAGGAACAUGGUCCUCAGGGCCCAUCACUGGGGACCAAGCGGUCACUCUGCGCCUGACAGAGAGGCGCCCAGGGUCUGCAGGUACUUCCAGCGUGGCUUCUGCUUCCGUGGAGACAGGUGCAGCUAUUGGCACCUGGUGCCCACCAGCCCCCUAGAGUGGGGCCGCCGCUAUUCUGAGCCACUUGUCACCAGGCCGGGUCCCUGGCCAGGCCUGACCCGCAGGGCCUCCGAGCCCACCUUCCCGCCCUCUGUGGUUGUGGACUGGGGCCAGGGCUGGCUUGGGGCCCGCUGGGGCAUGGAGUUGGGCCUGGAGGAGGCUGGAGGCAGCUCUUGGAGGUCCCUGUCUUCGUCAUCUGCUGCCUGGGAGCCCAGCCUGGCCCAGGAGCCCCAGCCCGGGUCCGACCCGGUCGGGGAGCUCUCGGGCGCCCUUCAGAGCCUGGACCUGGCAGAGGGCCGGGGGGACAGCCGGGACGUGGUGUGCGGCAUCUGCAGGGAGCGCGUGUGGGAGAAGCCGGCGGCCGAGCGCGCCUUCGGGAUCCUGCCCAACUGCAGCCACGCCCACUGCCUGCGCUGCCUGCGCACCUGGCGCCGGACGCCGCGCCUGCCGCUGGACGUCAUCAAGUCAGUGUCGCCUCUGGGUCCCCGCAGCUGCCCGGGCCGCGGGGUCCUGACCGUCCCCGCCCUUCCACCCCGCCCCUGCAGGGCCUGUCCCCAGUGUCGCGUCUACUCCAGCUACAUCAUCCCCUACAAGUUCUGGGUGAGCGAGGGGCCUGAGAAGGAGCAGCUCAUCCGGACCUUCACCGCCCGGACCCGCCAGAUCCAGUGCCGGUUCUUCAUGCGGGGGAAUGGCCGCUGCCCGUUCAGAUCCAACUGCAUCUACCUGCACCAGCUCCCGGAGCAGGCCCUGGCCUCUGGUCCUCCCUGGCCCGGGAGCCUGCAACUGGCUCCCAGCAGUGAGGUGCUGGUCCCAGUGUUGUUCCUGGGGGCCACCAGGCCAGAGGAGCAUGUGUCCUUCCCAGGCCCUGUCCUGGUCCCCUGGGACUCCGAGUUCCUGCUGGAUCAUGGCAGCUCCUAGUGUGGCUUCCUGCACGGGCAGGGGACAGGAUGCCGGGUGGCAGGCCUUCCCCUUGGGGUUCAGUGUUGGGGAAAGUAGCAGGUCCUCCACUCAUAGCUGGGGACAUGCGGGGGGGUUGUGUGUGUGACUCAGAACAAGGAAGAGUCUCACUGCUUGCCAGAGCCUUGGUUUUUAGCUUUGCUCUUUUGUAGAAGGAUUUUGAAAGAAAACCAAUAAA